AUGUUGAACGACCAGCGGCGAGAUUCUAAAGAAUCCCUCCCUUUUAUUGGAACAGAAGAAGCGGAGACUGUUGAUCGGUAUACAUCUCUUGGAACUGGGAAAAGGAGUCUGAAUAGCCCGAAAAUAGCCCUCGCGGCUGUCACUGGACUUCUCCUCGGUCUUGGAACAGGCCUCACGCUAGCUCUGCUAUUACAGACACAUCUGAGAUGUCAAGCAAGCACACUAUGUGUAUGUCGUCAGGAAGAAACAUCGCCACUAUUGGAUGACAUAACGAUCAAGUAUCAUGAACAGACGUUUAAUGGGUCUUUUGUACAUCGGACUAUAUAUCGACAAGAUGCGAGCCCGACGGUGGAUGCUGCAUGGGAUGCACUUGGAGUAAACUUCGUUGGUGUCCUUAUCUCUCGGGAACAAGCCUCUCGACAUAGUAUACCACAGCAUUGGGCACAUAUGCCACAAGAAUAUGGUGGGCAAUACGUCGUAAACGCGCAAGUACACCAUCAUUUACAUUGCUUGGAUCUACUGCGAAAGGGCCUCUACUUCAACAUCGACUACUACAGGAGCCUAGGCAAAGGGGCAUUUAAGAACAGGCCAGCUGUCCUAAAAGCACACAUUACGCACUGCCUUGACUCUCUACGACAAUUGCUAAUGUGUAAUGCCGAUGUAGGCGUUGCUGGGUGGAUUUGGGUUCGAAACACGCCGACUAGCGAACCAUUCCUAUUUCCUGACUUCAACUCAGCGGUACACCAGUGUCGAAAUUUUGACGAGAUCAAUGAUUGGGCGGAGAGGAACCAGAUCAUGUAUAGUCCAUUGGGUACUGUCGAAUUCGAGCCACCGAGGCUUGGCGAACGGAUUCCCGUUGGUUUACCGUAA